UUGAUAUCUUGGUUGAUAUUAAAAUGGCGGAUGUCUCAAGCGAUGACCGAAAAGUAAAGUUAACUAAAAAUGGUAAAGUUGUGAAAAGACGAACUCGAAACCCAGAAGAAUGGCACAAACAAAAACAAAAGCGGCUAAGAAUAGCUGGACUGGAAUAUAUAAACGCAAAUGGGAAAGUGGUCCCGCCCAAGAAACCCGGCCCCGAUUGCAAUUGCCGCCGUAAAUGUUUUCAGAGAGUUUCUGAAGAUGUGAGACUCAAGACUUUUCAAGGAUUUUAUUCAAUGAAAACUCACGAUGAACAAAAUGCUUACCUGUUUGGCCUUAUGAGACAGGUAGAUGUCAAACGAAAAAGAGUCAAAUCCAGCAGUAGACGCACUUGCACAUUUGAAUACUUUGUAAGAGUUAAAGGGAUGGAAACUCAAGUUUGCCAGACAGCUUUUAAAAAUAUACAUGCCAUAACAGAAAGGAAAGUCAGAGUACUGUGUAAAAAAAUGGAUGACGGUGUGAUGUUUCCAAGUGACAAUCGUGGAAAGAAUAGUCAUAGGAGAUCUGGUGAAGUGCGUCUUCCAACAAAUGUUAUAGAUCAAAUUAAAAACCAUAUUUACUCAAUUGUUCAUACUCACAGAUUAAAAGAUUUUAUAAGACUUGAUAAAAUUGCCGGAUUAGAAAUUAACAUAUCUAAGAUGUGGAAAGAUUAUAUAAAGACUUAUGAUCCAGACAACAUAUCAGCUACGAUGCCUAAAUCUAAGCGGCAUUUAGAUCUUGAAUUACCGAGUGAACAAAAUCAACAGACGCAGCAUCCACAACCACAGGAUUCAUUUGCUCAUAUUGCAUAUCCAGGAAGUGGACAUCUCGUCAAUAUAGCAGAGAAUUAUUUUGAAAAUCAGUAUCAGACUGCUUUAGCCACAACAACCAAUUCAACAAAUUUUUAUCCCACACAAAAUGGACCACAAAGCAUGGGAAUACUCGUACAGUCUACUGUAACUAGGGCAACACAACCCACAGCAUUUAUCUUAUUGCAGACAAAACCAGAACCACCGCAAGACAAUACAUUAGCUAUUUCCAACGCACCUUAUAAUCAAGAAGUUGAAAUUCACAAUAGUAAUGAGAAAACUGGAAAGAAAAUAAAAAAAGAAAGAAAGAAGGGACCUCUAGUCAAGCAGUGGAGGUACACAAACAUAUUUCAUGAUGAAAUUAAUGGUGCUGCUUUAGCAGCAAUUAAAACUAGACUUGGUAUGUAUUAUGCUGAGAGUGAUGCUGCCAGGAAAAAGGUAAAGCAGCCUCAACCACAGGAGGCAAUCCAGACUCAAACAACAAAUGAACAAACACAAAUAAGAACUGAACUAGCUUCUAUUAGACCUCCACACCAACCAAUUAGACCACAUACUGUAACAAUUUAUACAUAACAUUAAUAUAUAUAUAUAUAUAUAUAUAUGGAGGGGCAAAAGUAUAGCUCAUAUCCUAUCU